UUAAUCAUAUGUUACUAUGGAAACGCAAAUGAAAAUAAAGUUGUUUUCAUUUUAAUUUUCAAGCAAACAUUCAGUUUUCAAUACGAUGCAGUGGGACGAAGACAUCGACUUACUUGUAGGCAAAAAGCCGAUUCCGAAACAAGGUAGAAGAUCAAAUAAUAAACAUUUAGAUGAUUCCGAGAGUACCAUUGAUUCACCAAAAGAUAUCGAGGAUAUUCUUAUGAGAUCGAGAAAGAUGAGUUUAUGGAGCGACGAAGGAACUAAAUCAAGCAGGUCCGGCUCUGGAACAAACAUGAUUGAAUUAGAACGAUUUCAAAAUGAUAAAAAGAACGAGUCUGAUGAUGAUAUUCCAAUUAUUCCAGAUAUCGACGAUAUACCGGAUGAUAAUCUAAAUAUGCCUGAUAUUAAACCAGUAGUAUCAGUUAAUAAAUCGACCUAUAAGGAAUUGGAUAGCCAGUUUAACAAUAUGAAAACGGAACAAUCCAAUAUCGGUAAUUUAAGUAAUAUCGAUCUGUCCAUUUUGACAAGUAGACUGUAUCCGGAAAAGGAUGUACAAGUUUGUUCGGAAGUAUGGACGUUGGAGUCUCUAUUUCACGAUUUAUCCACAAUCGAAGAAUAAAUUUAUUAUGAUUUGAAAUAGUUGUAGUGAUUAGUCCGUCCAUCAAAUUGUUUUUAUAAUAAUAUAUUUUAAUAAAUCUGA